GCCCUGCUGAGGCAGAGGUGGAGUUACCUGUUCCGAGCCUGACUAAGAAGGGCCAAGGCUUGGAGGGGCGCUGGGACUGGAGUCCUUAUGGCCCUCCCACUGGAGACUAGCCCUCUGGAAGGCAGAUGGGACCCUUUUUUUCCUGCAAUACAGUGGAUACAAUUUGCCAUGGCUACCCUGAGUGUUAUAGGUUCGAGUUCACUUAUCACUUACACCAUGUUCCAGAACCCACAGAAGUCUGCAGAGGUGAAGUCCCUCUUUUAUCUGAGUUUAUCUGACCUGCUCCUGGGAAUUUGCUGGCUCAUAAAAGCACUUGUCUAUGGAACGUCAGCAGCCCACAAAGACAGCAUGUGCUAUAACCUACAGACAGUUGGAGAGAUAUUCUACAUUGCCUCACUUCUCUACACCGUCAACUACAUUUGGUCUUUGUACACAGAGCUGAGGAUGAACCAAGGCCUGAGUGGACGGAGCACAGCUGCACAGGUUAUAGAUUACACUUGCCAAGCUGGUCACAUAGUGUUCAUUUUGUCAAGCCUGAUACCUCUGCUGUUGAUGACACCUGUGUUCUGUCUGGGCAAUGUCAAUGAAUGUUUUCAUAACUUUAGCCAGAGCCACAGGUGUAUCCUAAUGCACUCACCACCAUCAGCCACAAUUGAAGCCCUGCCUUCCACCAACACAUCUGUCUGCAGCACACUCUAUUUUUAUGGAGUUACAGUUUUCCUGGCCAGCUUUUUCUUCAGCUUCUUCACCAUUAUGGUCUUACUCGUCCGUGCUCACCGACUGUAUAAGAAGUCUGUGAAAUGGACGGGCUUUCUGGUGAGUGAGCAGUGGGCACUGAUUCACACUGUGGGCCAGCGAAUGUGCUUCUUCCCAGUGGCCUCUGUGUGCUGCUGGGGCCCAGCUGUCACACUUCUGAUUAUAAAGCUGACCAAGCCACAGGAUACCUCCCUGCACAUGGCCUUCUCUGUGCUCCAGGCUCUCACAGCAGCAUCCCAGGGGUUGCUUAACUGUGGCAUAUAUGGCUGGACACAGUGCAAAUUCCAGCAGCUAAAGCGUGAGCCUCACCGUGAUGCAGACACGCAAACCCCAUUGCUGUGUUCACAGAAGAGAGUCUAUAGCGGGUGCCUAAAUCCAUCGACGUCUUCUCUCACUUUUGCUUCCUGCUCUUCCACCAUCCUUUGAACUAUGGGACUGGAACAUCCAAGAAGUAAAUGUUUCACAUGAAUGGACUCUGUUCUGGCCAUAACCCUGACUGAAGAGCUGAAAGGGAAUGUAGACUGUGGUCAGUAGCGAUUCUAGUGAAUUAGGAAGGAGCUUUCCAGGUGCUCGUUCAGGGAGAGAGGGCCUCUUUCCACCUAAGAGACCCAUUACUUUGACGAGUACUAGAUUUACUUACGUCUCUUAAAGAAAAAUAAAUAAAUUUCAGGUUCCUA